CGAGCGCCCGCGAACGCCCGAUACCGUCCACGCAGGCGGCACGCGAGCUUUUAAGACACAGCCGCGAGUUUCCCCACACGAGGGAGGCGGAGGCUCGGGCCACUUCUAUUUAUAAUGGGCUGAACAAAUUUUGCAACUGUAAAGGUCAAUGAAGGAGUCGGCUUGAAAAUAAUCUGUAGAUGUUGAGACAUGCGCAGAUGCGGGAUGAUGCCAUAUUGGACACACACACACACACACACAUACACACCGCUCCUGCUUCAACCAGAACACCGGAUCCCUCAAUUCAGAUAGACGGAAAAAAACUCGCUUAAGGCAUGGACUGUGCAGAGGAGGAGGUGGAUUUUAACUGGGAGGAGUACCUUGAAGAAACUGGAGCCACUGCCGCCCCUCACACUUCAUUCAGACAUGUGGAGCUCAGCCUUCAGAGCAGUUUUCAGCCUGGAAUGAAGCUUGAAGUAGCUAAUAAGGGCAGUCUGGAUACAUAUUGGGUGGCCACCAUUAUAACCACAUGUGGUCAGUUGCUAUUGUUACGCUACUGUGGCUAUGGCGACGACCGCAAGGCUGACUUCUGGUGUGACGUAAUGACAGCUGAACUUCAUCCUGUCGGCUGGUGCGCUCAGAACAACAAAACGCUUCAGCCACCUGAAGAUAACGUUUACCUCAGAGCAGCUAUUAAAGAGAAGUACAGCGACUGGACCGAAUUCCUCAUCAAAGAGCUCACAGGUUCACGGACGGCGCCGGCAAACCUGCUUGAAGGGCCAUUAAGAGGUAAAAACACAGUGGAUCUGAUCGUGUCGGGCUGUAUUUUAGAGGUACGCGAUGCCUUUGAACCCAGCGUGUACUGGGCGGCACGGGUCCUGCGUAACGUCGGCGGACGUUUGUGCCUCAGCUACGUUGGACUAAACGAUUCAGCCCAUGACAUGUGGGUGUUCUACCUUGACACCAGGCUCCGCCCCCUGGGCUGGGCCAAAGAGAAUAACCUUUCACUGAAACCACCCACAGACCUGUGUGAUUUGAGGAGCAGCUCAGAAUGGACUGAAGCUCUAGAUGAAGCUACAACUGAAGCCUUGAAAAGUCCCCUUCCACUGGAGGUCUUCAAGGAUCACGCUGACCUGAGCACACACUCCUUCAGGGCGGGAAUGAAGCUCGAAAUGGUGUCACCCAAGGAACCCUUCCACAUCUGCCCUGUGUCUGUAACUAAAGUCUAUAAUGAAUACUACUUUCAGAUCACGGUGGAUGACCUCACAGCCGAAGCCACGCCCACUCGUGUGGUGUGUCACGCCGACUCUCCGGGCAUCCUGCCAGUGCAGUGGUGUCUGAAGAAUGGUGUCGGGCUGGAGAGGCCACAAGGUUUUGAGUCACAGGACUUUGACUGGGCGGACUAUCUCAAACACACCGGCGCCGAAGCCGCUCCAGAUGUGUGUUUCCCAAACGCGUCUCAGGGCAAGGGCUUCUGUAAGGAUAUGUGGCUUGAAGCCGUGAAUCCGCUCCAGUCUGCCGAACUCUGCGUCGCUCGCAUCGCUCAGGUCAAAGGUCGGCUUCUCUGGCUCAGGCUGGAAGGUCUGAGUAAGCCGCAACCGGAUUGCGUAGUGGAUGUCGAGAGCACGAAUAUCUUCCCUGUGGGCUGGUGUGAAGCUAACGGCUAUCCGCUAACACAUCUACUGAAGACAGUCUGUUUGCCUCAGAAGAAGAUUGCCGUUGUUCAGCCCGAGAAACAGUUGGCCCCCUCGCAGCCUCCGGAUGCCCCUCUUAACCUCUGCUCGUCCGUGGAUAUAGGUUCGGCGAACGGAAAAUACUGUUGCUCCCAGCUCUUCAUCAACCACCGCUGUUUUUCCGGUCCGUAUCUCAACAAAGGCCGAAUCGCGGAGCUGCCCAAAGCCGUUGGGCCUGGAAAGUGUGCCGUAGUCCUCAAAGAGAUCCUGACGAUGUUGAUAAACUCGGCGUAUAAACCCGGCCGUGUGCUCAGAGAGCUGCAGAUGGUGGAAGACCCACAGUGGAACUGUCAGGAAGAAACCCUGAAAGCCAAAUACAAAGGGAAGAGCUACCGGUCCACCACGAGGAUCGUCCGGACCGCGGAUCAAGUCUCGGAGUUCUGCCGCCGAGUAUGCGAGCGACUUCAGUGCUGUCCCAAUCUCUUCGGCCCGACGAUCGUGUCCGACAAGUGCCCCGAAAACUGCUUCAGCCAGACCAAGACCAAAUACACGUAUUACAAGAAGAGGAAAGUGGGACGCCCGAGCUUAGGGGAGAACGCGCAGGACGGGGACGUGACCAAACCGGCGCGGCGCCGGAAGAAGCGCAAAGCCAUCUUUGUGCAGAAGAAACGGCGCACGUCUAUCGUGGGAUACCACACCGCAGAGUCACCUCAGGAUAGCGAUUAUUACUAUGAUGAUGAUGAAGAUGAAGACGUCGAGGAGUGGGGCAGUGAAGUGAGUUCCAGCUCGCCGCCUGAGGAGGCCUCAGCCCACUCCUUCAAGGACGUCCCGAGGAGAGGAAGACCCCCGCGCCGCGCCGCUCUUCAGCGCAGGGCGACCCAUCCAGGGCCAGAACCCACAGACAGAUCGUCUCCCAGAAGAACCACACGCUCGGUUUCUUGCAGCCAGAACCAGGCGGCCAAAGACACGCACGCGAAGACCGAGGGUUUUGAAGAGGAAGACCGUCUGGUGUUGGAGACCAAUCCUCUGGAAUGGAGCGUCUCUGAUGUGGUCGACUUCAUCACGUCCACGGACUGUGCCUCUCUAGCGAAGAUAUUCCAAGAGCAGGACAUUGAUGGACAGGCCCUGUUGCUGCUGACCCUUCCUACCGUCCAAGAAUGUAUGGAUCUAAAGCUCGGCCCCGCCAUCAAACUCUGUCAUCAGAUCGAGCGAGUCAAAGUGGCCUUCUACUCCCAGUUCGCUAACUAAGCUAACCUCCUUGACGGACGUAAAUCUACAGAAAAACCUAUAUCGUACUCAGGGGAUGCGAAGAAUCAUUCCAUCCGUCGGGAAACCUCAGGUUGCCUCAUACCCAAUGGAUUUUUUUUCCAAAAUGAGAUUUAGACAUGGAAUAUGACAAUUUUUGCUUUCCCUGUUAAAGAGAGCCUCUGAAGGUUUUGGCCCGGUUUGAGUUGGUCAACCUGGUCUCCCAGACUAGUCAACCUGGCCUUUAGAGGAUUCAACUGGAUGGCCAUCUGAUCAAGUACCAAAAACUUCUUUAAAAGCCAUCAAAACAGCUUAAACAACCUUCCGCUUUUACAAAAAUAAGGACUUUAAGAAUUGUUCCAAAGGACAACAAUGCCAUAGAAGAACCAUUUCUGGUUCCCUUUCAAUGAACAGAUCUUUUUUUUUUUUUAGGCUGAUGAUACGCUGGGCAGCUUUUUUUGAGCCAUGUUGCUUGAGAACCUUUCAAUCGAGAAGGGGGUCACAAAUUUUUGUCCCGAUAAUUUAGAUUAAUUUAUUGGAGGUUCCCUCACCUGGUUGAUCGUUUACGUCAACAUUUCCAAAAGUUGCCCGGCAACAUUGUUCAAAAAGUUGCCCGAUGUGUCGCCAUCCUUACCGUGAAGAACCUUUUUCCACCAUUGAGAACCUUUUGUGGAAUGGAAAGAUUCCAAGGAUGUUAAAGGUUCUUCAGUGAUGCCAAUAAAGGACCUUUGCGUUUUAAGAGUGCCGUUUUUUCAUAAGCAUGGUGAAGACAAACCAUACAACCAAAAGAACAAGACGUCCUCCGUGGGAACAAGCGCGAAGUGAAGACGGUUCAACUGUGAAAAACCUGAAUUCACCGCAGAACUAUCUAAAAUUUUAUCCGUCUUUUAAGACCAAAUUAUAUUUAUAAAGGCGACUUGCAUAUGAAGUAUUAACUUCGGAAGUGAACUAAUAUAUUUGUGAUAUUUAUUUUGUUUCCGAUAAACUAUUUUUAUAAUGUGUGCUAGGAGGUUAGGGUCGAUUUAAAACCAGAAAAAAUAUCAAUCUGGCAACCCGGGCAUUACGGAUUAGGGAAUAUUAUUACCAUCAAGACCGGUGUUUGAUAUAAACUUAUUGUGUGAGGGGUUAUAUGUUGUGCGAGUGCGCUGAAAUGUGCAUACGCGCAUAAAUACAUAACUCUGUUUUCCCAAAAUGCCUGCUGUUACGUCUAACGCGUCGGUGGUUUCUCUUUACGAUUCAAGGACAAGUACAUUUUUGAGGGGCUGCCUUUUGUCAUGGCAUGUCAUGUAAAUGUGAUUUUUGAUCUAUGCAAAAUUGGAUAUGUUUUCUAUAUAUAUAUAUUUUUUGUUUGCAAUGACUUUCAUAGUGAUAUAUUUUUUACUUCUCUGCUGUACGACAUCUUGAUCGCAAGUAGAAUGUAUUAAAAUAUGAUUAACUGCUGUCGAAA